ACAUCCAUUGAGUUUACUGUGUUUACAAAGGCUCUCAAUCAGCAGAAGACCUUUUGAUUUGGUUGACGAGGGCAAUAAUCUGGGAGAGAAUUUAGUGAACCCGCAGGUCGGUUUCCUAACAACUUCCUGUCUCUCCAGCCAGCUGACAGCCUCGUGACAAACUCGUGGUCGGCGCAUGCGCAGACUAGCACUUUGUGUAAACUGAACAUGGCGCCGUCCUGAGUUUUAUUACUGAGCGAAGCGCAGUUGUCAAUGCUCAGUGGCACAACACACAGAUAAAGGAUAGAAAGGUUGACGCUUUUUUGAACGUUGAGGGUGCUGGGACGAAAAAAAAAGUCACAUCUGGUAUCAACACCCAGACAUUGCCAGAAGAUGAAUGUCCUCAAAGAGAAUAAAGACUUGGCUUGUUUCUACACAACCAAGCACUCCUGGAGGGGGAAGUACAAGCGCAUUUUCUCUAUUGGGACGCAUGGAAUGACAACAUACAAUCCUACGACAUUAGAAAUUACAAACCAGUGGCCGUAUGGGGAUAUAUGUGGUAUCUCACCAGUAGGAAAAGGACAGGGCACCGAAUUUAACCUUACCUUUCGAAAGGGUAGCGGGAAGAAGUCUGAGACUCUCAAGUUUUCCACUGAACAUCGCACAGAGCUGCUGACAGAAGCACUGAGAUUCAGAACAGACUUUGCUGAGGGAAAGAUAACUGGAAGACGAUAUAACUGCUACAAGCAUCAUUGGAGUGACACAAGGAAGACGGUGGGGCUUGAAGUCACGCCAGGGGGAAUUGACCAGAUUGAUCUCCAAACCAACCGGGUUAUCUGUUCCUAUGAUUAUCGUUGCAUCGAAGGCUUUGCAGAAGUUUCAGACUACCAAGGGGGUUUUUGUAUCCUCUAUGGAGGCUUCAGCAGACUGCAUCUCUUUGCGUCAGAGCACCGUGAUGAAAUCAUUCGCAGUGCUAUUGAGCACGCUGGAAAUUUUAUUGGUAUAAUCUUGCGUGUGAGAAAGGAGCCUAUAAGCUUUGAAGGCUUUGCCACUGAGAGGCUCGGCAAGUAUGGUUCAGACGAGAAUAUCACAUCCCUUGCCGAAUUUGUAGUGCAAAAGAUCUCCCCACGGCAUGCGGAGCCUGUUAAAAGGAUCCUAGCCCUCACAGAGACUUCUCUGGUGGAAAGAGACCCUGCCUCUUACAACAUUGUGACCAUCAAACCCUUUGAAGAGGUUUUCGCGCUCAUCUGUGAUGCUGAGAACCCUCAGAUAUUCACAGUCGAGUUUAUCAGGGGACAGAUACGAAAGUACUGCUCCACAGAUAGGGACUCCCUGAUGGCCAGUCUGUUGGAUGGUGUGCGAGCAUCUGGAAACAGAGAUGUGUGUGUAAAAAUGGCUCCAACUCAAAGAGGGCAGCGCUGGGGACUUCUCAGCAUGCCUGUUGAUGAGGAGGUAGAGAGCCUCCAUCUCAAAUUCCUCGCCGCUCCACCCAAUGGAAAUUUUGCUGAUGCAGUAUUCAGGUUCAACGCCAACAUUUCUUACAGUGGAGUUCUACAUGCCGUCACUCAAGAUGGCCUUUUUUCAGAGAACAAAGAGAAACUGAUCAACAAUGCCAUUUUGGCACUACUUUCCCAGGAUGCUGAGCUGGGUGGACCCAAUGCUGAACUAGAGGCCCAAUUCCAGGCCAUCAGACGACUUGUGGCCUCUAAAGCUGGCUUUCAAGCCUUUACACAGCUUCCUAAGUUUAGGGAGAGAUUGGGUGUGAAGACUGUUAAAGCAUUGAAGAAGAACAAUAAUGGUGUGACACAUGCUGCUAUUGACAUGCUCUGUGCUCUUAUGUGUCCAAUGCACGAUGACUAUGAUUUGAGGCAGGAGCAGCUGAACAAAGCCUCUCUUUUAUCAUCCAAAAAGUUUCUGGAGAGCCUUUUGGAGAAAUUCAUCAGUAAUGUGGACCAUGGUACAGGUGCUUUAGUGAUAAGUGCACUUCUAGAUUUCUUGACCUUUGCCCUUUGUGCACCUUACAGUGAAACAAGUGAAAGUCAGCAGUUUGAUAUGCUGCUGGAGAUGGUGGCCUCAAACGGACGCACACUUUUCAAACUCUUCCAGCAUCCCUCUAUGGCUAUAGUAAAGGGUGCAGGUCUGGUUAUGAAAGCCAUUAUUGAGGAAGGUGAUAAGGAGAUAGCUACAAAGAUGCAGGACUUAGCAUUAAGUGAAGGUGCUUUACCCAGACAUCUACACACAUCUUUGUUUACAGUCAGCGCUGAUCAGAGGAUGCUUACAAACAGGCAGCUGAGUCGCCACCUCGUGGGCUUAUGGACAGCUGAGAAUCCUGUUGCUAUGAACCUUCUCAAAAGAAUCUUGCCAACUGGACUCCUGGCAUACUUGGACAGUUCUGAACCUGUGCCUGAAAAGGAUGUGGACAGAAUGGACAUCCGUGACAACCUCAAGAUUGCUUCUGACCAGUUUGGACGAAAUAAGGUUCCAGAGUGGCAGCGAAUUGCGGGCAAGGCUGCCAAAGAGGUGGAGAAGUUUGCUAAAGAAAAGGCUGAAGUGGUCCUUAUGCACUGGAGAGACAAGAUGGGCAUUGCACAGAAGGAGCAGGACAGGAAUAAUCUGAACCCAAACCAAAAACCUGUUGUCUUGAGGAAAAGAAGACAGCGGAUCAAGAUAGAGGCAAAUUGGGAGCUCUUCUACUACAAAUUUCAUAUGGAUCAUGCAAAGUCAAAUCUCAUCUGGAACCUGAAGACUCGUGAGGAGCUCCGUGAUGCUCUGGAGGGAGAGAUGCGCUCCUUCAGUGUAGACCGAGAGCUGGGGAGUGCCAGUGUGAUUUCCUGGAACCAUCAAGAGUUUGAGGUGAAGUAUGAUUGUCUUUCUGAUGAAAUAAAAAUUGGGGACUAUUAUCUACGCCUUCUGCUGGAGGAGGACGAGACUGAGGAGUCUGGUGCCAUCAAGAGAUCGUAUGAGUUCUUUAAUGAACUAUAUCAUCGUUUCCUAUUAACACCGAAGGUGGCAAUGAAGUGUUUAUGCCUGCAGGCUCUGACCAUUGUAUAUGGCAAAUGCUGUGAAGAAAUCGGCCCUUUCACCGACACCAAAUACAUUGUGGGCAUGUUGGAUAGGUGUACUGAUAAAUUAGAGAGAGACAGGCUUAUACUGUUCCUCAACAAGCUGAUUCUGAACAAGAAAAAUGUCAAGGACAUAAUGGACUCAAAUGGUGUGCGCAUUCUUGUAGACUUGCUAACCUUAGCUCACCUCCAUACCAGCAGAGCAACUGUACCACUACAGAGUAACGUAUUGGAAGCAGCUCCAGACACGAAGCGAGAGAGUGAAAAGGAAUGGUACUUUGGGAAUGCUGAUAAGGAAAGGAGAGGACCUUUUAGUUUUGAGGAGAUGCAGGAGUUUUGGAAUUCAGGCACUUUGACUGCAAAAACCCGGUGCUGGGCACAGGGCAUGGAUGGUUGGCGCCCUCUCCAGGCCAUUCCACAGCUGAAGUGGUGCACACUGGCGACUGGGCAGGCUGUGAUGAAUGAAACAGACUUAGCCACACUGAUCCUUAAUAUGCUCAUCACCAUGUGCUCUUACUUCCCUAGCAGAGAUCAGGACAAUGCCAUUAUUAGACCUUUACCCAAAGUGAAGAGGCUUAUUAGUGACAACACUUGCCUGCCCCAUAUUGUUCAGUUGCUGCUGACUUUUGACCCCAUACUGGUAGAGAAGGUGGCCAUCUUGUUAUACAUGGUGAUGCAGGACAACCCCAACCUGCCACGUCUCUACCUUACUGGUGUAUUCUUUUUCAUCAUGAUGUACACAGGCUCUAAUGUGCUUCCGGUGGCACGUUUCCUUAAGUACACUCACUUGAAGCAAGCCUUCAAAUCAGAAGAGGCUAAGGGUCAGGACAUUGUGCUGAGGAGUGUGUUGGGACCAGUGUUACCUGAGGCAAUGGUGUGUUACCUAGAGAAUUAUGAGGCUGAACACUUCUCAGAGAUCUUCCUAGGAGAGUUUGACACUCCUGAAGCAAUAUGGAGCAGUGAGAUGAGGCGUAUGAUGAUUGAGAAGAUUGCUGCCCACCUGGCUGAUUUCACACCUCGGCUCCAGAGCAAUACUCGUGCUCUGUAUCAGUACUGCCCCAUUCCUCUAAUUAGCUUUCCUCAGCUGGAAUAUGAGCUGUUUUGCAACAUCUACUACCUCCGUCACCUCUGUGACUCCAACCGCUUCCCUGACUGGCCUAUACGGGACCCGGUAAAGCUAUUAAAGGACACUUUGGAAGCCUGGAAAAAGGAGGUGGAGAAAAAACCUCCUUCCAUGUCGGUGGAUGAAGCCUAUGAAGUGCUGAACCUUCCCACAGGACAGGGCCAGCAUGAGGAGAGCAAAAUCAGAAAAGCAUAUUUCCGAUUGGCUCAAAAAUACCAUCCAGACAAAAAUCCAGAGGGCAGGGACAUGUUUGAAAAGGUAAACAAGGCAUAUGAGUUUCUAUGUACAAAGUCUGCGAGAAUUGUAGACGGACCAGACCCUGAAAACAUUAUCCUUAUCCUGAAGACACAGAGCAUCCUCUUCAAUCGACAUAAACAAGAACUGGAGCCAUAUAAGUAUGCAGGCUACCCGAUGCUUAUUAAAACUAUUACCAUGGAGACUAGCGAUACGCAACUUUUCUCGAAAACAUCUCCACUUUUGCCAGCAGCAUCUGAGCUGACCUUCCACACGGUCAACUGCUCAGCACUCAAUGCAGAGGAACUAAGGCGAGAAAAUGGCAUUGAGGUCCUGCUUGAGGCACUUUCUCGUUGUGUGGCUGUGCUCACAGCAUCCAGCAAAAUGGAUGACAUGGCAGUACAGGUGUGCGGCCACAUCUGUAGGUGCUACAGUGUAGCUGCACAGUUUGAGGAGUGCAGAGAGAAAAUCAUUGAGCUUCCAAACAUCAUUAGAGACGUUUGUCACAUACUUUACUAUGGGAAGGUUCUUCCUCGUCUAGGCUCACUAGCUGUGGAGUGUGUGAGCUCGUUCUCUGUAGACUUUUUUCUUCAGACGCGUGUGUAUCAGGCUGGUGCUCUCUGGCCACUUCUUCUCAGCCUUUUUAACUAUGACUUCACUUUGGAGGAGAGUGGGGUCCAGGCCAAUCAGGAAACCAACCAGCAGCAUGUGGCCAACAGCCUGGCCAAAUUAAGUCUUAUAGCUCUUGGUCGACUUGGAGGAUACAGUGCUGGAGCAGAGGUUGACUGGACAAAGCAGAAUGGGGGUGGCCCAGAGCCACCUCCAGAGAACCCAACAGUCAGGAAAAGUCUGGCAGCCAUGCUCACACCAUACAUUGCUCGCAAACUAGGCAUCAGCUCACCUGCUGAGGUGUUAAAGUUGGUUAACUCCAACUCUGAGACUCCGUAUCUGAUCUGGAACAAUGGAACCAGAGCUGAGCUCCUUGAAUUUCUUGAAGCACAGCAGGAAGGAAACAUAAAGAGGGGUGAAUGCGACAAAGACUUUGGAGCAGAGUUUGUCUUCAGCGAGCACAGUAAAGAGCUCAUUGUGGGAGAGAUCUUUGUUCGCAUUUAUAACGAGCAGCCUAGCUUUCCCCUGGAGUCUCCAAAGUUGUUUGCGGGAAGUCUUCUGGACUAUGUUGGUUCUCAGGCACAGUACCUCCACACAUUACUGGCUAUGACACAGACAAAUAAAGUGUCACAGCAGCACGCUCACAGACUACACUGGGCUGAGAUGGCUUUGGAAGCUCUCUGCAAUGUUAUCAAGAACAACCCAGGAUCAGAAACAGAGUGCAUUGGCCAUUUCAAGCUGCUCUUUUCCCUGCUCAGAGUCCAUGGGGCUGGAAAAGUUCAACAGUUAGUCCUUGAGGUUAUGAACAAAGUGACUUCUAACCAAGAAUGUGUCAGCAAUAUUGCUGAUUCCCUGGUGUUGGCCAAUUUGCUGUUGUUGCUGCACUCCUUACCAUCCAGCAGGCAGCUUGUUCUCGAGACUUUGUAUGCCCUCACUUCCAACACAAAGAUUGUCAAAGAGGCAAUGGCCAAAGGUGCACUGAUCUACCUGUUGGAUCUGUUCUGUAAUUCCACCCACCCUCAGGUGCGCACUCAGACUGCUGAACUCUUCUCCAAAAUGACUUCAGACAAACUUGUAGGCCCCAAGGUGCGUCUGAUCCUGUUACGUUUUCUGCCUGGCGUUUUCAUGGACGCCAUGCGGGACAAUGCUGAAGCUGCUGUGCACAUUUUUGAGGGCACACAUGAAAACCCAGAACUGAUUUGGAACGAUGCAUCAAGAGAGACUGUCUCCACUACUGUCAGGGAAAUGAUGCUUGAACACUUCAGGCUGCAGAAAGAUAAUCCUGAUGCCAUUUGGAAGCUUCCUGAAGGUUUCACAAUACCAUAUGCAGCAGAGCAGGGUGAGCUGGAGGUGGGUGGAGUGUUCCUGCGCAUCUUCAUUUCUCAGCCAGGCUGGGUGCUACGCAAGCCUCGAGAAUUUCUGGUCUCCUUGCUCGAGACCCUCACUGAGCUGCUGGAGAAAAACAACCCUAAUGGAGAGGCGUUAGAAACGGCCACCACAGCAGCUGUGUGCUUGUUCAGUACUCAGACUCAGUUGGCUGAUCAGGUUCCUCCGCUUGGUCACCUGCCUCGAAUCUUAGCAGCUCUCAAUCACAAGAACAAUGCUGUUCCUAAAAGCUCCAUCCGCCUCAUCCAUGUCCUCUCAGAGAAUGAGUUAUGUGUGCGAACCAUGGCAUGUUUGGAGACGAUUGGGCCUUUGAUGUGUGGGAUGAAGGUCAGAGCUGAUAUGGCAGGACUAGCAUGUGAAGCUCUCAACCGCAUGUUCCAGCGAGAGCAAACCGACCUAGUUGCACAGGCGCUUAGAGUAGAAUUGGUGCCAUAUUUGCUGAAGCUUUUAGAGGGAGUGGGAUUAGAGACUCUGGACAACCCCUCAGCAACUAAAGCCCAAAUCGUCAAAACUCUUAAAUCCAUGACUCGCAGUCUGCAGUAUGGAGAACAGGUGAAUGAAAUCCUGUCACGAUCCACUGUGUGGAGUGCCUUCAAAGAUCAAAAACACGAUCUCUUCAUCUCGGAUUCGCAGACCGCGGGCUUUCUGCAAGGUGUGUCCACUCCUUCUCUACUGGCUGCCAGUAGUCCAUUGCGGAGUGGCUUAUAGGGGCCUCUCCCCAUCCUCUUCUCUCUAACUUUUACAAAGGUCCGACAGUAGCAGGCUAUCUAACUGCUGGCACGGGUGCUACAGUUCUGUCCAGUGUCCCUCCACCUGUAGACAAUGACAUUGGAGACCUGAGCUGAAAACCAAAUCUGCACAGUUCAGAGAAUGCACCACUUUUCCAAGACAAGCAGGCCUGAUGAGACACAGAUAAAUCAAAAGGACAAAGAAGAGGGUGGAUUACAUUCUUUGUGUAAACUUUCUUCUAUAUGGGUUUUCCUCUGUUUGUGAGGCUUUCCAUUACAAUAUCCGAUCGUCCUCUUUGUUUUUUUUUUUCUUUUUCAGUUUUUUUUUUUUUUCUUAUUGCUAUUGUUUUACAUUAUAUACUUUUUGUUUUUCCCAAAAAGAUGAAAAUGUUUACUCACGUUUGAGGAUAUUUUUGGCUGAAAAACAAACACAUAAAAAAGACCCCUAAAGUAAAUACACCUUUAGUGGUCCAACCUUUACUGUACUUUAUUACUAUCUUUUUCACGUUCAUUUCUGUCAUGCACUCAAUACUCUGUCUUCUCAAGGCUUUUUAUUUUAAUUCAGGCUGUCAUGAGUUUCCAGACCCGCAGCUUUUCAUGCCAUACUGUGAUUUUUCACCUUGUUUCCUGUUAACCCUAAAAUGAAUGAAUAAUUGAUAAAGUUAAAGGAAAACUUUAAGAGCUGCCACUGUCAUUUACAGAAACAUCCUGUAGGCUGAUCUGUCUCCAGGCUCCCUUUAUGUCUACACAGAUGUCCUGCUUUUUCUACCUUUUCUCAAACAGAAUGGAAUUAAUUCACUCAAAUAUUUAUAACUUGUCGAGUACUUAACUGAUGAAUGAUUAUCACCACCUGAAAGAAUGAGCGUCUGUAAAAUGACAAUGAAAUGACAAUGGCACUGAUUAAAAUCUAUGUGAAAGAUCAGUUGUCAAACUAUCUAUAUAAUAUGACAUAUAUAAACUUUCUAUAUUGAAUGUACAAUUAAAAAAAAUCAUUCACUCUUGUACAUAAAAUUUUAAGAAUAAAAGGGAAUCCAGA